AUGUAUGCCAAGGGCAAGGGCUCUACGGUGCCUUCGGACGCUCAGGCUCGCGAAAAAUUGGCGCUCUAUGUGUACGAAUAUUUGCUUCAUGUCGGUGCGACCAAAGCGGCGCAAACAUUUCUGUCUGAAAUACGAUGGGAGAAGAAUAUAACACUGGGCGAGCCGCCCGGGUUCCUUCACUCGUGGUGGUGCGUGUUCUGGGACCUAUACUGUGCAGCGCCAGAACGGAGGGACACUUGUGAGCACUCGUCUGAAGCGAAGGCAUUCCACGACUAUGGUUUUGUCAAUUCUGGUUACGGAGUCAACGGUAUCGGACACAACGCCGGCCCAGCGCCGCCUAACGACGGCAUGGGCGGCGGUGGAAUGCCCCCUGGUUUCUUCCCGAACUCCCCCCUACGACCGUCACCUCCCGCACCCCACCCCGGAUCGCAACCCUCACCACAUGGACCGCAACCACAGCUUAUGGGCACUGGACAACCGUUUAUAGGAGGACCCUGGUAUUCUGGUGGAGGACCUCGAGGAGCCGUCAGGAUGGGAAUGGGCAAUGACUUCAAUGGACCUCCCGGUCAGGGAAUGAUGGGCAACUCACUGGAGCGAGGAGGCGGCGGGGUGCUAGGCGGGCCGCGCAUGACGCCCCCGCGGCCCGGCAUGGGCCCCAUGAGCCCCGGCGCCUACGCAGCAGGCAUGCGCGGCCCACCGCCUCAGGGACCAGGUAUGCCACCAAUGGGUAUGGGCCCACGGGGCGCUUGGGCCGGCGGCAGCGGUGGCGGCGGGGGCGGGGGUGCCGCGCCGCUGAACUACUCCGGGGGCUCACCAGGGGCGUACGGGGCCCCUCCGGGGAGCAAUGGGCCUCCGGGCCCCCCGACACCGAUAAUGCCCAGCCCACAAGAUUCGUCUAAUUCAGGGGGAGACAACAUGUACACGCUGAUGAAGCCGGUGGGCCCCGGAGCGCUGGGGGCCGAGUUCCCCCUGACAGGCGACCACGGGCCGGCGCCGCAGCACCUAUCCCAGCCGCCCGCCGCUGAAGGACUUGGAGGAGUUGACGGGAUGAAAUCAUCUCCUGGAGGAGUGGGAGGAGGAGGGCCGGGCACUCCUCGGGAAGAUUCGGGAUCAGGAAUGGGAGAUUACAACUUAAGUUUCGGUGGCCCCGGGGGCGACCAGAAUGAUCAGACAGAGUCCGCGGCGAUACUGAAAAUUAAGGAAAGCAUGCAAGAGGAGGCGAAGAGAUUCGAGAAAGACCCGGAACACCCCGACUACUUUAUGCAAUAA